AUGCCGAAGCAUCUGAACCGCCGGAUCUUCGCUAUGCCGGAGGCCUUGAAUGAUCUUGGCUCUGAGACAGGAUUGUCUCCCCAGCUGUGCUUUCAAGACAUGACAAAUGCUUUUUGCGGGCCGGUCACAGCUCCAGCAUCGCUGCCAACCUGUCACUCUAUUAUCGUUGCCGUUGCUGACCCGGAUGAGAAAAGGGACACACGCCUUGUCCCAACAACUCAAUCCCAACCAGUCGCCACUAAGGACAUCAUGUGGUUUCCUCAGACAGUGAAGCACAUUCCAGACGUUUACGCACUCUUGCAUGCAGUAUUAAACUGCCAUGUUCAAACCCCGAUAGAGCCCGACAGCGUGCUCGAUCGCUUGGCAGUGCAGUCCCGUAACACAACGACGCAGCAGCGCGCCGUUCUCAUCCAAGAAGCUGCUGCCCUGCAGAAGGCUUAUGUCAGUACCGUUGUCCAAAGUGUCUGGACCAAACAGAUUGGGAUGCCGGGGGGUCUGGGCGAGCCCGCUAGAAUAUCCGCCACUCUGGAUCGCUACUACGUGUUUGUUGUGUCUGCUGCUACUGGAAAAAUAGUCUGCAUCGAUAAUAUUAGCGGGGUGCCCGUGGAGGUUGAUAACGUGCUGAAUGGAUUUGAUGUGGACACGACGGUGAUAACUGCCGGGAUUGCUGACAAGAUCCGUUCUAUUGUUGCCAGUAAGAAGGAGGACAACGUCCAGGCCGUUGUCGUCGGGCUAGUCUCGCGGAACGCCUGA